AUGGAAACUCCCAGAAUUCUGGAAAUUGCUGACGCAAAUAACUCACUUAAUAGCACUAUAAAAUUUUUGGAUGGGAAGACAGGUCAAGUUUCAAAUGAGGAAGUGAAAAUUACUUCAUGGUCAAAGAUAGUAGAAAAAAAAAUGGUAUCCAACACUACUUCUUCUCCAGCUCCUCAACAUACUCCAGAAAAGUUUGGUAUUCAUGCUCAUGUGAAGAAGACUCAAAGAGGAUUUUUAUGGUCAGAGAUGGAAAUAAUUAGUGACUUAAAAAAACCAUGGAUUGCUUUGGGUGACUUUAAUGUUGUUAUCUCACAAGAUGAAAAAAUUGGUGGUAAAUAUCCAAAUAGAGCUUCAAUGUUGGAUUUUUCAAACUGUUUAGAUAAGUGUGAAUUGAUUCAAGCUCCUAAAACAGGAUUGCAGUUCUCAUGGUCUAACUGUCAACAAGGAAGAAAUAAAAUACUUUGCACACUUGAUAGAGAAGUUUUUAACCAACAAUGGUUGGAUUUACAUGGAGAUUGGGGAUACAAAGUUGGAUUGAGAAUAGUAUCAGAUCAUGCACCACUUCUGGGAGAAUGUUCUAACAUUCCCAAGCCUACUAAUUGUCCACGGAAAUUUCAGAAAAUGUGGAUAUAUCAUCCAACUUUUUUAUCAGUGGUCAAAGAAUGCUGGACAAAAACUGUUUUUGGAGAUCCUGCUUUCAUAUUUAUGCAGAAGCUAAAAAAUCUGAAGAAAGUACUUAAUGAUUGGAACUGGAGUGUUUUUGGCAAUGUUCAAGUUAAAAUAAAGGAAGCAGAGGAAAAAGUUCAAGCUGCAAUGCAAGUAUCUGAUAGUAAUCCUCAUGAUGAAGAAGCAUUCACUAAUUUAGUAGAGGCUCAAAAUGAACAUGCUAACAGGAAGGUGCAAGCUAAUACUUUACUCAAGCAAAAUUCAAGAGAAAAAUGGGUGCAAGAAGAUGCAGCUAACAUCAACUAUUUUCAUACCAAAAUGAAGUUGAGACAAGCAAAAAACUUAAUUAGUGAACUUGAUGAUGGCAAUGACAACAUUAUCUCUGACCAAUCAAAAAUUUCUAAAGCUCUGGUCCAACAUUUUCAGCAAAAAUUUGCAUAUCAAGAAGUUAAUAUUGAUGAGAAUCUAUUGAAUGUUAUUCAUUCAACUAUUACUGAUUCUGAUCAAGAAAUGCUAGAUGUUAUUCCUGAUCCUGAGGAGAUUAAAAAUAUUGUAUUUGAAAUGGAUCCAGAUAGCUCUCCUGGUCUUGACAGCUACUCAGGCAUCUUUUAUAGAACUUGUUGGGAAAUAAUUCAUGAAGAUUUAAUAGCAGCAAUUCAGUUUUGUUGGAGAAGAAGAUUUAUCCCAGAAGGACUUAAUUCAAAUUUCUUGGUUCUUCUUCCCAAAUGUCAAGGGGCAAAGAAAGCAAAUCAAUUCAGACUCAUUGGAUUAAGCAAUAUUUUGUUCAGAAUUUUCACUAAAAUCAUUACAACAAGAAUGAAUACUCUGAUGGUGAAACUAAUAUCUCCACAACAAGCUGCAUACGUCAAAGGUAGGAGUAUUCAUGAAAACGUUUUGUUAGCUUCUGAAAUGAUCAAUGAGACGAAGAAAGAAAAAAGAGGAGGUAAUGUUGCUCUCAAAUUAGAUAUUUCGCAAGCUUAUGACUCAGUAAGUUGGAAAUUUUUAUUUCAAGUUCUGCAAAAAUAUGGUUUUUCUACUUCAUGGUGUGACUGGUUGUUAACAUUAUUUGAGUCGGCCAAAAUGUCAGUUAUGAUCAAUGGUGGUCCUUCAGUAUUUUUCUCAAUGGGUAGAGGCUUAAAACGGGGAUACCCAUUGUCCCCAAUUCUAUUUGUGUUGAUGGAGGAUGUACUAAGUAGAAAUAUCUCUCACUUGGUGUCUCAGGGUAAAAUACUUCCCAUGGUAAAUAAGAAUGGAAUUCAUCCAACUCACCUAUUUUUUGCAGAUGAUGUUUUCAUCUUCUGUAAUGGUGCCAAGAAAAGUUUAGACAACUUAUUCUCCUUACUAGACAAGUAUCAAGCCAGUUCAGGUGUUUUACUAGCACCUGGAAGAAUAACAUCAGCAAUGGUCUGGCCAGUGGUUGAGUUAAUUCAGAAAAAACUAGCUACAUGGAAGGGGAAGCUGUUAUCUUUUGCAGAUAGACUUGUGCUUAUUACAUCAGUAUUAUCCAGUGUGCCUUUAUACAAUAUGGCAAUCUAUAAGUGGCCUGCCUCUGUUAUCAAGAUAUGUGAAAGACUAAUAAGAAAUAUUUUAUGGUCUGGUAACAGUGAAUCUAGAAAGUAUAAAACUUUGUCAUGGAAAAAGUAUGCACUCCUUACAAUGAGGGAGGUCUUGGCAUAA